AUGGACCUCGCGCUGGGCGAGCCCCCCAACCGCCUGCAUCCCACGGUGUGGAUCGGGAACACGGUCGCCCUCGCUGAACGUAUAGCGCCGGGCCCACAAACGGCCCCGCCCCUGCAACUCACCUUUGGGAUCGGCAUGGCCCUGCUGAUACCGGCAGCCUGGGGCGCGGCAGCUUGGGCAGUCAGCUACGGUCUGCUGCAACUCCACCCGCUGGCCUACCUGCUGGUGGUGGCCGCAUUGCUGAAAACCACCUUCUCGGUGCGGAUGCUGCAUCGGGUUGCCGCCGGCAUCGGCCGGAUCCUCACGGCCGGCGACAUCGCCGAGGCGCGGCGGCAGAUGUCCGCCCUGGUCAGCCGCGACACCUCUCAGUUGACCGCCGGGCAGAUGGCCGCCGGCGCCAUCGAGUCCGUAGCCGAGAACAUCACCGACAGCAUCGUCGGGCCGUUGCUGGCCUUUGCCCUCUUUGGCCUCCCCGGCGCGGUGGCCUAUCGCGCCAUCAAUACCCUGGACAGCAUGGUCGGCUACCACGGCCGCUAUGAGUACCUGGGCAAGGCCUCGGCGCGGCUGGAUGACCUGGUCAACCUGCUCCCCGCGCGACUGGCGGCGGCGUUGUUGUGGCUGUCCACCGCAGCGCUGCCGGGAAUGGCCGGAGGCCGGGCGUGGCGCAUCAUGUUCGCCCACCGGGGCCGUACCGAGUCGCCCAACGCCGGCUGGACCAUGGCGGCCAUGGCCGGCGGCCUCGGUGUGACGCUGGAAAAGGUCGGCCACUACCGCCUCGGCGACCCCGCCCCGGAGCCGGAAACCCACCACAUCGGCCGCGCCAACCGCGCCCUCUACGUCACCACCGCGCUGACCGCCGCCGUAGCCAUUGGCAUCCUCUGGCUGCGGUGGGCCUUCUGGCCGUAG